AUGCCUGCACUCGCUAAUUCAACCUCGAUAGCAUUCUUCACCUUUCUGCGGGCAAACCUCGCCCUGUCCCCGUCGGCACUCUCUUCCAACUACAACACGCCAUAUCUGGAACCCUUUUCUCCCCAACCGCCUCAGCUCCAGCCGCCGUCGCCGUCUCCUCCCGCUGCUUCCAGCGAACCGCCUCUCGCGCCCAUCGACGACAUCCCGCCCCUGUCCCUCGAUGCCCUCAAAUCCCAAAAUGACAAGCUCGACGGCCUCCGCCUCGUAGCCGACUCCGUCUCCGAAAUGCGCCACCGCGCUUCCAAGGCCGUCGUCUUGCACCCGCUCUGCCUCGCAGCAGUCGCAGCUGCCCACAUGGCCAUAUACCAAUUCGUCUACAUACCCAGCAGGGACGUAAGCCGAGCCCUCAUGCUCGUCAGCGGCAUCACAAUGAUCUACAUGGCCACCAUUCGCUUCCUCACAAGCGGCUACGACACCCUCGCAGAAAGGAUGGGCUGUGAGGACUGGCUGCGCGCCGACUUUGGCAGCGAAGAUGACAUCAUUCUCGGCGCAAGAAUGGGAGAGGACCUGGUCGGUGCCGUCGUUCUGCGGCUCGAGCCGAAGCGCGCGCCCUCCACGAAUCCCAAGCGCAAGAGCCGCAGCCGCAGUGCGAGUCUGCGAGGUGGGAAGGGCGUCAUCCGCGCGUGGACCACGAAACCCGGGUAUCGCGGCCAGGGGGUCGGCAAGAAGUUGCUCCGUGAGGCGGUCCGUUUGGCUAGGGACAGGUGUGGAAAGGACGCGCAGGUUGGGUUUGCGCUGGAGCAUGCCAAUAGCACCAUGUUGCUGCCGGCCAUGUUUAAUAAGGCGUUUCGAAAGGACGAAGUUUGUGCAGCCAAGGCCCUGCAGGGUGCUGUGGCGGAGUGGGAUCUGGCCAAGAAGAAGAAGAGGUGA